AACCGGAAGCGGCUCGCCCCGCUUGCUGGCGGCCACCGCCACCAUGCUCCGCCUUCUCCGUGCCUGCUGUCGGGCGCCUUCCCAGAUCCUGAAGACUUCUCCAUCUGUGGUACGGGUUUCUAGGAGGCAGAAUGUCCCCCCUUUUUCUCUGAAACCUUGGCUCCUCCCGUCCAGGCCAGGGUCUGAGGAUGGGGGUAAAGAAUAUCACACGUCUUCCUGCUGCUUCAAGAAGAAGGUCCCAGUGGUCUCCACAAGGCUACCACCCACUCUGACCUACCUGCCUGACACCCCAAAGCCAGCCCUCUAUGUUGCUUUGACUGGAUUGGUCCCCUUUGUGGCCCCACCCCUGAUCAUGAUGAUGACCAAGACCUAUAUACCAGUACUGGCAUUUACUCAGAUGGCUUAUGGAGCCAGCUUCCUGUCUUUCCUGGGAGGGGUCAGGUGGGGGUUCACUCUGCCAGAGGACAGUCCAGCCAAGCCGGAUAUCAGGAAUUUAGUCUGCAGUGGGGCCCCACUGGUGUUUUCCUGGUAUGCCUUCCUUAUUUCUGAGGGACUCACUGAAGCCAUCGUCCUGGUGAUCAUGGGCUUUGGGGUGGCAUUACACAAUGAAGUCUUCCUCCUGCCCCAUUAUCCUAACUGGUUCAAAGCCUUGAGAAUAGUAGUGACUCUCGUGGCAUUUUUUUCAUUUGUAGCCACUUUGAUAAUCAAAGAUUUUUAUCCAGAAACUGGCCCUAAGCAGCCUGGUCAUACUGAGUGAAGCUCACUCUCCUGGCCCGUUGUGAGCAGGCAGGCUAUUAAGAUCCUCCUUCUUGUUUUCUCUUUGUAAUUCCUGCAUCUGGUGACUGUCCUGCUCUGGAAAUCUUGUCCUUUCAUUAGUUGCCUGAGGCUGUGGCCCACAGUACUGGCAAGUUUGUCUGUAGGCUGGUGCUCACAAGUUUCUUUCUGCUGUUUAUAAGUAAAUUGUAAAGAGUUUUUAAAAGAUCAAAUAAAGACCACAAAGCAUC